AGAAUGGGGCAUGAACAAUAUAAUAUGGUUGAACAUUAUAAUCAAGGGUGCUUGGCACGAGAUAUGAAGGUCCCUAAAAAUAGAAAAGAGAAUGUUAAUGAAGGUAAUAAGUUAAGAAUUAAUGGAAUAAGUGAUCUUG